AUGACUAGUUAUGUUAGAAGUAGACAGCUGAAGAAAUUGAAACUCAUGAUGUGCUUGCAUUUGAUUGCUGACAACGAACAAGACGACGACAUCCCCGAAGACGGGACCUCGAGGCAGCCGACAGGCAUCCGCAUCCUCCGCUGCAACGUUUGUGGCUACGGGACCCACAAUGAGAACACCCUGCUGCACCACGGCAAAGACCACGCGAGAGUGAAGCUUCUGCAGUGCCACGUGUGCGAGGAGGAGUUGCCCGGCCUGGACCUGCUGGACGUGCACCUAGAGUCUCACGUCGUACCGAAGCCGUUCCAGUGCGAGGUGUGCCUGGCACGGUUCGGGAGCAUGGGACACAUCAGGGACCACCUGCGGACCCACACGGGGGAGCGGCCGUUCGCCUGCGGAGUGUGCGGCUUGACGUUUGGCAAAAGGUCCACGCUGCUCAACCACGCCAAGAGGCACACAGGGGAGAAGCCGUUUGCGUGCCACCUGUGCCCGUUCAUGUUCGUCCGCAAGAGCAUUUUGCAGAAGCACCUCAAGACUCACAAGCGCAAGUAG